GUCUGGAGACAAAGCCUUGGUCAGGAGCUUGGCUGGGGCCAUAAGUUCUGGGGGUGCAACCGGCCGGCCUGUGCCAAGAGGCGCAGACCCAGACGCCUGGGUGCUGCCAACUGGCAGAGCACCACAGGGCCCUGGCAUCCCGGGCACCUGCUCCAGCCUCCUCCACCCUGCGGCCUGCACGAGCGCCGCGUCUUCCACCUGAGAGUCACCGAGCCCGCCGCCCAGCCGCCCCCGCGGAACUCGCCGGGCAACGGCUCCAGCCACAGCAGCGCCCCCGGCCCAGACCCCACGCUGGCGCGCGGACGCAGCGUCAUCAACGUCAUCGUCCCCGAAGGCCGAGCGCACUUCUUCCAGCAGCUGGGCUACGUGCUGGCCACCCUUCUGCUCUUCAUCCUCCUGCUUAUCACUGUCGUCCUGGCCACCCGACAGCGCCGCCGCGGAGGCUACGAAUACUCCGACAAGAAGUUGAAAUCCAAGGGGAAGGACGUGAACAUGGCAGAGUUUGCUGUGGCCACAGGAGAUCAGGCUCUUUACAGGAGUGAGGACAUCCAACUAGAUUACAAAAACAACAUCCUGAAGGAGAGGGCUGAGCUGGCCCACAGUCCCCUGCCCCCGAAGAACAUCGACUUGGACAAAGAGUUCAGGAAGGAGUACUGCAAGUAAGGUGAUCCCGGGCUCCUGGCUGGGCCAGCAGCUCUGCCAGCUCCUGCCUGUCCGUCUCGGAGGACUCCUCCUGGCCCCUAUGCAGCUCACCUGGCCCCCCUUCCAGCGGCUGGUUCCGCUGUCCUGGAGCUUGGCCUGGACUGGUGCAGCGUGAGGCUGCCUCCAGACCCCUCUCAGGAGCCACCCUGUCCUCACCAGCAAUAGUGGGCUCCCAGGGACUGCGGGCCCUGCAGCUGUGCCCUUCAGCACCCUCGGCUGGUGCCCUUCCCUCCUCCUCCUCCUGCAGCCACCCCCUCCCAAGUUUUCCUGGCUUCUGCCUCCUGGGGGCCCGGAGUCCCACCUCUGCAGGGCUGGGGGUGGGAAGACACUCUUGGAGGAGCUCAGGGGGAGUCUCAGAGCUGGGACUCGCCUUGGGGCUGGCACUCCCACCCUCCUCACCCUUCCUUGGGGAGUGCCUGCUGGCUCCCCUAGGCUGUACUGUGUUACCUGCCAGCUGCCGUGGCCUCUGCACGGGAACCUGAGGACUGCAUACUCCACGCCGUGGGCUAACAUCCCUUUGUGCUGCCCCGGGCCCCCUGGUGCUGCCCUGGGGCCCCUUCUCUGCUUUCCACCCUGCUCCAGCCCCAUUUCCAACAAGCUGCCUUGACAGUCACUAGGCUCCACGUGACUUUUGACCCUGACCCCCUUCCCUUAGCUCCCUGGGCUGGAGUCCGGGGGUGAGGCCUCCUUUGACUUCUGUUUUGGCUGAGGACAGGAGGGGGUUGAAGAUGCUUUUAGAGUGGCCAGAGCUGCCACUCCUGACACCCCACAUUUGCUCAUCCCAGGGAAUUGCCACCGUCACAAUAAAGACCACACCUGAUUUUUAGA